AUGGCACCCAAUCCCUCACUGAAACGGCCUCAACAGCAACAGAGUUCCCUACUCUCUUUCUUUGCUAAAAAACCUUCUGAGAGCGUCAUCGAGAAAGAGGUAAUGACCGAGCAGUUGGCAGUGAAAGAGACUGCGCCUAAACCUGUCAAACCUGAUCAAACAAAGCAGGCCUCUUCAGCAUCGCCUUCUAUGGCAAAGAAUACUGCGCAUUCAAGCAAGCCUACAGCAGAUGCAAUGGAGAUAGACGAGGCCAUUCAGGAAAAUGAAGAUGACAGCGAGGAUGAUAGCCCUCUUGUCUCGAGAUUGGGCCGAAAUCGCAAGAGGGUAAGCUACAAGCUUUCAGAUUCUGAACCAGAGGAUGGAGUGCCUGCAGCUGAAAAAGUAGUAAAUCCUUUCGCUCAGAAAAAGCGACGUCUAGUACGCAAGCUUCAUGAUGACAGUGAUGAAGAGUUUACACCGCCAAAGGAAGAACCGCUGAACGAUGAGGAACUGGAGAGCAUAUUUGAUGAUGAUUUGAUGGAUGAGGAUAUACCUGGCUCGCCUGGCAGACAGACAACCACAACCGCAACGCCCAAGAAGCCACCUGUUACACCUUUAGCCGAACGAUUUGGACGCAUCUCAGUAGAAUCACCCAUGUACCAGAAACCCUCUGUCAGCGCCUUUGCAAAGAUGAACAUGACCUCCAAAACAGAAAAGAAGCAGGAUCGAAACCAAAAGUUUAAAGAGAAAAAUGAUGAGCGUUAUUACUGGCUUCAAGACCAAAAGGAUUUGGACGGUAACCCCAUCGGUUCACCCGAAUACAAUCCUCGUACAUUGUACGUGCCUCGAUCUGCCUGGGAAAAAUUCACCCCUUUUGAAAAGCAAUAUUGGGAGGUCAAACAUACGCAUUGGGAUACAAUUGUGUUCUUCAAGAAGGGCAAAUUCUAUGAAUUGUAUGAAAAGGAUGCAGAUAUUGGACACAAGUAUUUUGAUCUCAAGAUGACUGAUCGUGUCAAUAUGAGAAUGGUCGGCGUUCCUGAGACAUCAUUCGAUUACUGGACAGCCCAAUUUAUUGCAAAAGGGUACAAGGUCGCCAAGGUAGAUCAGAUGGAGACAGCCAUUGGCAAAUCAAUGCGUGAGAAGAGCGGUGCCAAAUCCAAUAAAGCAGACAAGGUCAUUCGUCGUGAAUUGACAUCUGUCUUGACGGCUGGUACGUUGGUGGAUUCUGGUCUCUUGACCAACGAAUUGGGCACCUACUGUAUGUCUAUCAAGGAGCAUUGCGGCGACGAAUCCAUGCCUCCUACCUUUGGUAUAUGCUUUGUGGAUACAGCAACCGCAGAGUUCAACCUAGUUCACUUUCAAGAUGAUGUUCAUCGCACCAAGUUUGAAACACUGAUCAUGCAAAUUAAGCCCCGUGAAUUGGUGACAGAAAAGGGUAGAUUAUCCAAGACCACCACCCGUUUGCUCAAGAGUAUAUUGAACGAGCCUCUUUGGAACAUGCUGAAGCCUGAUGUUGAGUUCUGGGAUGCGCGUAUUACAGAAGACGAGAUUAGCAUUCACGAGUAUUUUGGCUCUGAGGGCGAGUUGGCGAAUGAACAGCUGACACAGGCUAUGACAGAAGCUCGCAAAGACCCCUUGUUGAUGUCUGCAUUUGGUGGGUUGAUAUGGUAUCUUCGCUCACUUAAAUUGGAUAAGGAGCUUUUGUCCGCAAAACAUGUGUUGAUGUAUGAUCCCAUCCGUAAUGCUACAUCGCUGGUGCUUGAUGGACAGACCUUGGCCAACCUCGAAAUCUUCCAAAACUCGUAUGAUGGCAGCACUGAAGGCACCGUCUUCAAAUUACUGGCAAACAGCAUUACGCCUUUCGGCAAGAGACUCUUCAAGCAGUGGCUUUGCCACCCCUUGCGUCGCAUUGAAGAUAUUAAUAGCAGGUUAGAUGCAAUUGAGGACUUUAUGCGUCUGGUGGAUUUGCAUGAAACUAUCUCUAAAGAAAUGUACGGCAUGCCUGAUUUGGAAAGAUUGAUUUCGCGCAUCCAUUCGGGAAGAAUUCAGGUCAAGGAGUUCCUCGCUGCGUUGGAAGGCUUCAAAACAACACGCCAAAUCAUCCAGACAUUGAUCGAAAGCAGGGGCCACUUUAAGUCUGCCUUACUGGGCCAAUUGAUUGACCAAUUCCCUGAUAUUGGUGGCAAGUUGGACAGCCUGAACGAUUCAUUCAUCACGGCAGAAGUGGAUGUCGACUAUCAAAAGAUCAGAACCAUGAUCCCUAAAAACGGCAUGAACAAAGAAUGGAACAGCAUCAAUCAACAGAUCAAGGACGCAGAAAAGCAAUUCGAAUCUCAUCUGCAGGUCGUCAAGAAAGAGCUCAAAUGCUCUUCUAUAGUAUAUCGCGAUAUGAAUAAGGACAUCUAUCAGAUGGAAGUGCCCAAGAACGUCAAAGUGCCUCAAAGCUGGCUUCAAAUCUCCACGACAAGCAAAGUUACCCGUUAUUGGGACAACACUGUCAAGAAUUUAGUCACUGAAUACAGAGAGUUGAUGGAGACCAAGAAUGCAUUUGUAAAGAAAUUCGCGCUUGAAGUGUAUGCGGCAUUUGAUGAAUCAUACGGCAUGUGGUUAUCUGCUGUGCAAAGCAUUGCUGAGCUCGAUGCAUUGAUGGGCUUGGCAAAGGGAUCCAUGAACAUGGGAGAGCCUGCUUGCAGACCUGUUUUACUGGAUCAAGAGAAAAGUGUGGUUGAAUUUGAGGAAUUGCGACAUCCAUGCGUUGUACCAGGCGUGGCCACUGAUUUCAUCCCCAAUGAUGUUGGUUUAGGUGGAAAGGAUGCCAGUGUGAUUGUGUUAACGGGCCCCAACAUGGGCGGUAAAUCCACUUUGCUGAGACAAACCUGUGUUGCUAUUAUCAUGGCUCAAUUAGGUGGAUAUGUACCUGCACGGUCCUGUCGACUUACACCUUGUGAUCGUAUUUAUACUCGUAUUGGUGCAAAUGAUAACAUCAUGGGAGGCCAAUCAACAUUCAUGGUGGAAUUAGCAGAGACUUCCAAGAUUUUGAGAGAAGCGACGACUCGCUCCAUGGUCAUCUUGGACGAGCUUGGAAGAGGUACAUCUACAUUCGAUGGCUAUGCUAUUGCCUACUCGGUCCUGCACUACUUGUCUACUCAUAUCGGAUGCUUGGGCAUGUUUGCUACUCAUUAUCAGACAUUGUGCAAGGAAUUUGAGCGCAGCCCUGAGAUCAAUAAUAUGCACAUGGGAUAUAUCAUGGACGAAGAUGAGCAAAAUGUCACCUUCUUGUACAAAUUGACUCCUGGUAUCUGUGAAAAAUCGUUUGGUAUGAAUGUCGCUACUAUGGCUGGUAUUCCUCCCUCCGUGGUUAGUAGAGCAGCCACAAUUGCAGAGGAAACAGAGAUUGUACAUCACUCCAAGGACACAACAUACAAAAUGGAAGCGUCUGGCAAGGACGGCAUCAAUAUCACUCCAGCGGUUGUUGCCGACUUGGCUUAUUUGAUGUCUAACAAGAAAAUUAAAUUAUCAACCGAACGUAUUUUGGCUAGUUUCCAAAACAUGACUGUAUAA